GUGGAAAGGCGACUCACUGCGCGUGCGCAUCCAGACGUGGCAACGGCAUCAUGGCCUCCUGGAACCGCUGCGGGAGUCUGAUGAGGGAGGCGAGAAUGUCCACGUCGUCGCUGCUGCUGCUGCUGCUGGUGUGUCUGCUGCCCGUGCUGGAGGCGGUGAAGGUGUCUCCCCUCAUAGAGAAGGUCAACGACCACAAAGACUUCAAGAAGCUGCUCAGGACGAGAACCAACGUCCUGGUGCUCUACACAAAGACAGCUACAUCCGGGGACUCGCACCUGAAACUGCUGUCAGAUGUGGCCCAGACAGUUAAAGGCCAAGGAACUAUCGCCUGGGUCAACUGUGGAGAUUCCGAGGGUCGUAAGCUCUGUAAGAAAGUGAAGGUGGACCCGAGCUCCAAGCGUGGAGGAGCGGAGCUGCUGCAUUACAAAGAUGGGACGUUUCACACCGAGUACAACAGGCCAGCUACCUCCAAGUCCAUGGUAGCGUUCUUGAAAGACCCAUCGGGCCCCCCCCUGUGGGAGGAGAACCCUGAGGCAAAAGAUGUCGCCCACAUAGAGACAGAAAAAGACUUCAGGAAGCUGCUGAAGAAAGAGGAGAGGCCCAUCCUCAUCAUGUUCUAUGCUCCCUGGUGUGGCGUGUGCAAGAGAAUGCAGCCCAUCUUCCAGCAAGCAGCCACAGAGACAAAAGGAAAAUACGUGCUGGCGGGGAUGAACGUGCACCCGGCCGAGUUCGAUGGCCUCAAGCAGGAGUACGACGUCAAAGGCUACCCGACCUUCUGCUACUUUGAGAAGGGGAAGUUCCUUCACCACUAUGAAAACUACGGCGCUACAGCCAAGGACAUCGCUGACUGGAUAAAGAACCCUCAGGCCCCCCAGCCGAAGACCCCCGAGGUGCCGUGGUCGGAGUCCGACUCCCCAGUCUUCCACCUGACUGACGAGUCCUUUGACGUCUUCCUGGAGGAACAUCCCACAGCCCUGAUCAUGUUCUAUGCCCCUUGGUGCGGCCACUGCAAGAAGAUGAAGCCAGAGUAUGACGAGGCUGCUGAAGUACUCAACAAAGGCGCAGAUAGUCCGGGCGUGCUGGCAGCGGUGGACACCACGGUGCACAAGGCUGCGGGGGAACGCUUCAAGAUCUCAGGUUUCCCGACCGUUAAGUAUUUCGAGAAAGGCGAGGAGAAGUAUACGCUGCCGCAUCUGCGCAGCAAAGACAAGAUCAUCGAGUUCAUGCACAAUCCCCAAGCACCUCCUCCGCCAGAGCAGUCCUGGGAGGACAAGCCCUCCAGCGUCAGCCAUCUUGGAUCAGAGGAUUUCCGGGAGGCGCUGAAGAAGAAGAAACACGCUCUGGUCAUGUUCUACGCUCCCUGGUGUCCGCAUUGCAAAAACGCUGUGCCCCACUUCACCGCGGCAGCGGAGCUCUUCAAAGAGGACCGCAAGAUUGCGUACGCCGCGGUGGACUGUACUCGCGGACAGAACCACGAGCUCUGUAAGCAGGAGAGUGUCGAGGGCUACCCGACGUUCAACUACUACAACUACGGCAAGUUUGUGGAAAAAUACAACGGCGAUCGCGGGGAGGCCGGCUUCAUAGGCUUCAUGCGCAGCCUCCGAGGACGGGACCAGGAGAAGGUUGUCAAGAGGAAGGAGGAGCUUUGAGGGUGGUGGGCACCGAGGGGGGGAGGGGGAGGGGGCCGUUGGACUGCACAGUUUGUCAUUGCACUGUGACCUUUGACCCUGGCAAGGGGCCCUAUCCGCACUGACAUGGGAGACUUGAUGACCUCAGCGAAAGGCAAUUUUUUUAUACCAACAGAAAACCUAGUCAGUCCGAAUGGAUAUUCUGACGGGCGGAAAAUACACAAAAAAAAAGUGAUUUCAUGUUUUUUGCCCAAACACUGUGACUGCAUAUGUGAAAAGCUACACCCUUAUACAGUAUCUAUGCAAUACUGACCCCUGCUUCGCCCUGUGUGGGGGUCAAGGAGGAGGCUUCACUAAUCCGUCACUGAUCCAGUCCCAUCGCCCCCGCUCCGCCUCCGCGAAGAGGACACACGCUGAUUAUCGACAAACACCCAGGUUCCAAUAUUUUUGUACAGAGUCUUCACGUCUCAAAUCUCACAGCCAUCCAGGGAAUCGCUUCUUCUUCUUCUUUUCUUUUUUUUUAUCCUCAUAGAACAGUUGGAAGAAGAUUUAAAACAGCCAAAAAGCCGAGUGUCGCUGUAGGUGAUCAGGUACCGUAGCAACGUGAGGGAGGUGAGAUCAUAUUCUCCAUGCUUCCAAACUUUCACGAUUAGUUUCACUUUUAGAUUUAGUUUUUGUUUUUCUCAAAACUGUGGCCUUACAGAUCUAAAAAAAAAUUUAAUGAAUCAAUCGCUUGAAUGGCAGAAAUAGAAAAAUAACCCUAAGUGGGAGGGGGAAUCAGAGGCCUGGUGCCCUGGAAGUUCCCUCGAGUACGUCGAGAAAACAUGUAAUGCCAAAUAUUACUGCACGUUGCCCUUGAUAUAUUUUCACGCUUUCGUUCAUUUCCAUAUUCAGUCCGCAAACGUUCACAUGGUGUGGUGACAUCUCAACCCCUCGUUCGUCUCGCGUUGUUCAUUCAGAAUCGGUUUUCACCGUCAAGUGGUCAGGGCUCGUUUACAUAAGCAUGUUGAUUAUGAAAUGUCCCAGAACUUAAAUCUUCCCUCCGUCCGCGUAAGUAAUCAUGGAUUUCCCGCUCAGUUUCCUACAAUACAUAUCCCCUGAGCGUUCACAUGUUGUUCAGGGAGAUGUGGAAUAAUUAAGACCAAAGUUUACACUUUGGGCUUUCUGGGUUUUUGUUUACGACACCAAGGAGCCAUCACAUUUCAGGUAUUUUCAAUUAAUACCUCAUUACUCAUUACUCGGUGUAUGAGUAAUGAGGUAUUAAUUGACCGAUGUCUCCAGGCCCCCCCCCCCCCCCCACCAGCUUCUCCCAUCAUAGCAUCAUGAUCCAUUCAUCAUCACUAUUACCUCUCGUUGUAUUUAAUGCUAAUCCCCGACGCCUCGGCCCCACUAUUAUGAAUAUUUAAAGGCCUGAUCUGUAGCUGGACUUGUGUUUUAUUAUUCACGACUUUUUUUUCUUCUUUAAUUAUGAAUAAUAUGGUUCUCAGGGAUCGCGAAACACAAUUAAAGGGAACUAGUUUGUUUGUAAUCGUGCAUUCCAGCUGAAUAAUUUGGAGCCUUUGGGUCACCAGAUUAAAUAUUGUUUGUGUCCCUCCCACCCAAAAAAAUAAAUACUGAAUUGACCUUUUUCUGUGCUAUAUCAGAAUAUCAGUAGACGUUACUGAACCUUUCCUUGUCAGACAUUACUGUGUACACAUAUUGUUAUUCUUAAUGGUCUCACAUGUUCCGGCUGGCACCAAACACGUUCUUUGUGUUCAAUGCGACUGUUGACAUUUCACGGUGUGUGGCGAGAGCUCGUCGAAAGAGUUCCUCGUUCCGAGAGGAAGUCGACGCGUCGAUGUAAUGAGGUGUUCGCUCCCCUCGUGAGGGGGGAAACGAUGGCCGUUGAUUACUUUGUCCGUUUUUGUUUUUCCAUAGGAAGCUCCGCGGUGACACCACACGUUGCUCGAAACCACCUCUGUCUUAUCCCAAAGGAAUCCGUGUCUGGGGGGAAUCUGUCACACUUUAUGCCAAGAAGUCAUUGUUGCCUUUGUUGACUUUUGCUGUGCCCAGCCAUAUGUAAAGUUUUGCCCCAUGCAGUAAAAGGACCUUUGCGAAAUUGAAAAAAUAAAUAAAGUCAAACUUUUCCAGAA